CUGUCGUUUUUCAAAGGUAAGCUUUCAGAACGAGUCUUGUCUUGAAGCAAAAGGAAAGCGAAACCGAAACCGAAACCGGCAAGCAAAGCAGCGAAAAGGCGUAAAGGUUGGUCGUUUUUCUUUCUCGCAUUCCAACACUGCACGCUUGGUAUCACUUCCGCACACCCCUUGAUUCUUCCAUCGAACUCCACCAUAAAAAGCUUGGAACUCGAAGCAAUUCUUAUUGGUCUGGCUUUGCAAGCACCGAACUUUCUUUCGUCACAUCAAUGGCGAUUGUUGUUGAGAUUCUUGUGGUUUUUCCGGAACAUUGAGCAGUGUUUUCAUCUGGGUUCUGGCUAGAAAAUGGAAUUGGAUCUUGUUGGUUUGCUGAGAGCGGCUUGGGUCGCUGGAAUUUUACCCAUACUCAUCGCUUCGUUGCCCUUUUCGUGGACGGCCUCGUUCCAUGGACUUGUUUUGGGGUUCGCUAAGAGAGGAAAGAUCAUGCAAGCUUCAUCAAAGAAAUUCACACUUCCUCAAAAGUUCUUCGGCCAUUUCUAUGUUGUAGCCGUGGUGUGGACGACAUUUCUGCUCGUCACGACUUGGCUAUAUGCAUAUAGAACAGUGCCAAUGGUUUUAAAGCCAUUUCAUUAUACCACUAUUGCCAACCAAUUAGCAGGGGGUUCGCAUAUCUUUUCAUGGCUUAAAAGUCAUUCAACUUCGGUGGAGUAUAAAUAUAGUAUUUGGCGAUCUGUUUUCCUGCUCUUGUUGAUGGAAGUUCAAGUCUUGAGACGCCUUUAUGAGACAAUAUAUGUGUUCAAUUACCGUUGUUCUGCUCAGAUGCAUAUUGUUGGCUAUCUGACUGGCCUCUUUUUCUACACAGCAGCGCCUCUGUCACUUUGCUGCAAUUGCGCUCCAGACGUGUAUAAAUUUGUGUUAAAUGGAGUGGCUGAGUUCAUUGUUAAAGGCAAGAGCCACAUGCCAUCCAUGGAAUUUGAUUGGUGGGAAUUCACGAUUCCACUUGUGAAGCUUGGGUGGCUCCAGUGGAUUGGUGCAGCAAUAUUUUUCUGGGGUUGGAUUCAUCAACAACGCUGUCAUGCUAUUCUCGGCUCACUCCGAGAACGCAGAGACCAAGUAGAUGAAUACAUAAUACCUCAUGGUGAUUGGUUCAGAAUUGUCUCAUCCCCUCACUAUCUGGCUGAGAUUGUAUUGUACUCUGGUCUUUUGGUUGCAAGUGGAGGAACAGACCUUACAAUCUGGUUACUUUUUAUAUUUGUGGUGGCAAAUUUAGUGUUAGCAGCAGCAGAAACACAUAGAUGGUACCUUCGAAAAUUCGAGAAUUACCCUAGAAAUAGGCUUGCCAUUAUUCCAUUUGUUUACUAAAGCACAAAGGUGCAGAACUUUGUAAAGACUGUUACUCGAGAGGUUUUGGAUUCUUGUAACAUCACAUGAUGUACUUUAUCUUUGCUUAUGAAAGUAUGGUUGCUGCUCUCACUAAAUCCUUGAACAGGAUUUGCACUGCUUAUUUUCGCUUCACAGAAUCAAGGAUUAGGACACAGCAUUCUUGGAUCAUAAUAAACCCCAAGCAUGCACAUAUAAAGCAGCAACAACUAACAUGGGAAUUCUACUGGAGUAUGAAGAAAGUAAAUACUUUUUUUGAACUGUCGAAUUUGUAUUAGAUUCUGUCAGUCUUUACACACUUAUAUCGUUAAGGGAAACGCACUACUGAUCCCUCUUGUCGAAAGCUCCCAGCAGAAAGCUCCUUAUUGAUAAUGCG